GUAAAUUAAACUUUGCAGUCUACUUCUUAGUAUACUUAUACUUAAUAUUUUCCUUACACGCAUAUUGGAGAUACAUAGUAUCAGAGUAAUAAUAAACAAGAUAGGUUAAAAUUUUUCCUUGUGAGUAGGAAAAAAAUCAUCAUAUUACAUAAACUAUAAUAUUAGAACUUAAGCUGUUGAAUAUAGAUUAAAUAUGGCAAGCACUUCUUCUGACCAAAGUACAAUUGCCAAAAAGACAUGGGAAAUGUCAAAUAAUAUUGAAACAAUUAGCACUGUUGAUGAGAUUUAUAGGUAUGAUCGUAAAGAACAACAAGAUAUAUUGGCUGCAAAACCAUGGGAAAAGGACCCACAUUUUUUCAAAGAUAUAAAAAUCUCUGCAUUAGCAUUAUUAAAAAUGGUUAUGCAUGCUCGUUCUGGAGGAACUUUAGAAGUAAUGGGUCUUUUGCUUGGAAAAGUUGCAGCAAAUACAAUGAUUGUUAUGGAUUCUUUUGCAUUACCUGUAGAAGGCACAGAAACAAGAGUUAACGCUCAAGCACAGGCUUAUGAGUAUAUGACAGCAUAUAUAGAAGCAGCUAAACAAGUUGGAAGACAAGAAAAUGCUAUUGGAUGGUACCAUAGUCAUCCUGGCUAUGGAUGUUGGUUAUCGGGUAUUGAUGUAUCUACACAAAUGCUCAAUCAAAAUUUUCAGGAACCAUUUGUUGCUAUUGUAAUUGAUCCUGUGAGAACAAUAUCUGCUGGCAAAGUUUGUUUGGGUGCAUUUAGAACAUAUCCAAAGGGAUAUAAACCAGCAAAUGAAGAACCAUCUGAGUAUCAAACAAUACCAUUAAAUAAGAUUGAAGAUUUUGGAGUUCACUGCAAACAAUAUUAUUCUUUAGAAGUUUCUUAUUUUAAAUCAUCAUUAGAUAGAAGAUUAUUAGAUUCUUUGUGGAAUAAAUACUGGGUGAAUACUUUAAGUUCCUCUAGUCUUCUAACAAAUGCAGAUUACACUACUGGGCAAAUAUUUGAUUUAUCGGAUAAACUUGAGCAGUCAGAGGUUGCACUUGGAAGAGGAUUUAUUUUGGGUGGAACGGAUCCUCAUGAUCGCAGUACUGUAGAAAAAUUAAUGAAAGCAACAAGAGACAGUUGUAAGACUACUAUUGAAAUUAUUCAUGGAUUAAUGGCACAAAUAAUCAAGGAUAGAUUAUUUAAUCAAGUUGGGUGUAAUCCUGUUGAAUCUCAGCAACAGUAAAACGUAUAUAUAACGUGUAAUAAUUACAAUAGUUGAAUGAUAUAAUAGAAUGAUUAUAAUUUACGUAAGUUGUAAUUAAUAUAAGGAACAUUUUUGAUUAAAAUAUAAUAAAAAAAUAA